AUGGCCGAACCCAAGACUGUGCUCAACGGCGACCAGCCCGAGUCCAACACCCUCCGCCACCUCCUCACCAUCCCCGCCGUGCAAGACAGCGUGCGGGUCUUCAGCAGCCACCCAGUCGGCAAGGUCUCAAUCCAACUAACCAGCUCCGCCUACCAAUAUGUCGGCGCACCCGUGCUCAACCUCUUCAGCAAGCCGCUGGCAUACGUAGCUCCCUACGCAAAGCGCGCCGACGACUUCGGCGUGCAGACGCUCGCCAAAGUAGAAGAGAAGUACCCCGUCGUCAAGAAGUCCUCUCCAGAGCUCUACCAAGACGCCCGCGACGCGGCGCUCGCGCCGGUCAAGCACGUCUCGGAGGUCUAUCAGGGCGCGUACCAGCGUACUGGUGGGAACCAUACCAUUGCCAGCGGCAAGGCGGCCGCGAAGACGGCGGUGGUGGUGUCCCUGGAGGGGGGCAUUUAUGUGGUGCGUGAGGCGCUGAGGUUGGGCGAGUCGUUCCGGGUGAUUAAGUCGAUCCAGGGGCUUGUGGACCAGCUGGAGGAGGCGGUUAAGCGUCAGAAUGGGGAUGCUGAGGCUGGUCCGGCUGGCCCGGCUGUUGUGGUUAAUGGCCCGAGGGAUGGGGCUGACCCUAAGGAGGUAAGCGUUUGA